GUACCACACCGCAAGGCACGAAGACGAUGAAGGCCUUCGCGGAGGCAGGGCAGAAGGUGGUUGAGUCGAUGCGGUCCAACUCGCGAGAGAACACCACCGUGGUCACCAUCAGCGCCAAUGGUGCCACGUGGGCGCGAACCACUAUCUUCAAAGGACAGCGACUCCAGCCUGACUGGUUCGCCGAGAGGAACGGCCCGAAGGAUGCGAGGUACACGUGCACGGACACUUCGUUCAUGCAGGGCGACGUGUUCAUCAAGUUCCUCAAGGACUUCCACAAGCAGCUUGACGACCGAGGCGUGCUCGACGGAAAGCCGCACAUCCUCGUGCUUGAUGGGCAUGCCUCACACGUGAGCUGCGAGGUCAUCAAAUUGGCCAUGGAAGUCAACAUCAUCCACUUCCAGCUGCCCUCCCACACGUUGCGCAUCACCCAGCUGUUGGACGUCGUCGCUUUCGGAACCUUCAAGAAGGAGGUGACUAAAGUGCUGCAAGACUACUACCACGCGGGACAGCGACUCCAGCCUGACUGGUUCGCCGAGAGGAACGGCCCGAAGGAUGCGAGGUACACGUGCACGGACACUUCGUUCAUGCAGGGCGACGUGUUCAUCAAGUUCCUCAAGGACUUCCACAAGCAGCUUGACGACCGAGGCGUGCUCGACGGAAAGCCGCACAUCCUCGUGCUUGAUGGGCAUGCCUCACACGUGAGCUGCGAGGUCAUCAAAUUGGCCAUGGAAGUCAACAUCAUCCACUUCCAGCUGCCCUCCCACACGUUGCGCAUCACCCAGCUGUUGGACGUCGUCGCUUUCGGAACCUUCAAGAAGGAGCAUGACGUGCCCGGCGUGAUGGCGGCGGCUUGGCAAAGGAGCUUUACACCGGAGCGGAACAAAGCAUCCUUCGCCGGGGCGGGGCUGUGGCCGGUGGACAUGGAUCGAGCGCUGACCCGGCUUCAGGGCAAGGCGAAGAGGAAAGAGGGGCCGACCGGGCGCCCACCCCUAGAGGAUGUCCCCAUCGCCAUGACCCACGAGCAGCUGGACGAGGCCAUCGGAGAGAGGGGCCUGAGGCAGUUGAAGGCGGGAGGGCAUGCCAUUACCGGACUCAAGGUAGGCACGGUGAUGCUCGGCGGUCUCCUGACUUAAAGGAAGCGUGCCAAGAAACUGGCGACCUCGCGGGGCUCUUUGGGCCUUCCCGACGGAGGCAACAUCAUGGGGGCGCGGGAUGGGGGAGGGACGUGAGGCUACCGGGCAAGGGAGGGGGCGGGGUGCGGCGGAGGAGGGACGCGGCCGAACAGGGGCUGGAAGAGGGGCCUCACCUGGCCGUGGACAAGGAGCGGCUGCAGCACACGGGGUGGCUUUGCCCGUUCGCCAGCCGGCAACCUCCUUGUCCCGGGUUGGACGGCAGCGGACGCCGACACCCGUUGUUGACGUGCAGCCGCCUAUGAGGCUCUCCUUGGUUUGUUUUCUACCACACUCAGAGUAGGAAAAAACAAGCUACAAAAGUCGUCAGUUUUUACGUGGAGUCGAUACGUACCCUGUUGCACGUUGAUAGUAGUGUAGGCAACGGUGGCGUUAUAGCAUGCCAAUGGGGCGGCGGGGGGCGUUUGACCGAAAAUCGGGGAUGUCGUGAUCCUGUCCCCGGGUGACCUUCGGGUUUUUUUUUUGCGAUAAAUGGUUCUCAUUCAUGUCUGAAUGCUCCCUCCAAAUUUUAUGUCGUAGGGAUGUAUGAACAGUCCAGAAUAGACUAUCCAGGGUUAGUGGUGCACGGGGCUGAUUCUUGCCGUAGCGGCACGCAAAAUACCAAAAAUAUACCCAUUUUUGAAAAUCUAUUUUUUGACCGUAACAACUCCUUU